AACCGCGGGCCGGGCGUCGCCGGAGGAGGGGACGGGGGAGCAGGGCGGGGAGCGGGGUUAGGCCUGUCGGGCCACCCCUGGGUCUGGGAAAAGCGGGCGGCGCCACCUCUUCCCGGUCUCGGCGAGGCCCGAGCACCUACGGGCGGCGGCGUGCUCUCCUGGCCAUGUCGGAGCCUCUGCCCGCGUUCUUCGACUGCUUGUGGGGGCUCUGGCUGGGGACUCGGACCCCGCCUCUGCGGGGGCUGGUCGCCGCCUCCCCUUCCUAGGUAGCCAGUCCCUGUUCUCCUCCCGGGCAGCCUCUCUUCCAUCCAGGUGGGGUGACCCGGGAGCCCCCCACCUCCGGACUCUUCGGGGGCCUUGGGCACUCAGUGUGUCACGAACUUGAUAAACUCUGAUAUUUUAAAACCUGACUAUGGUGACAUUCUUUGAUUUCAUGACCCCAGUUCAGGCUUUCUGUUGACACUUGUAAAAUGGGAGAGAAAAAUAAAAGGACGUUGGAAUGGGGGAUAUCUUUAACUCCAGAGAUACCCGUUUGGUGCCCGCCGUUUUAAGCAUUGGCUCUCAUUUCCGUCCGCAAGCUAUUUCUCUGAACUUAACGCUCUGGGUUGUUGAAACGGCCUAUGAGGCAGAGGAGGGAGGGGAAUCAGUGCUCUCACCACAGUCCGCGGAAGCACUAGCCUGGGCAUUGUGGUAUUUAGCUGGGUGUCGGCAGUCUCUAGGUUAGAUCUCAUUUUACCCAUUUUCUGGUAGUAGUCGUCAAUUCGCUUCAUUUAGCGCCUACUGUAUGCUCUCCUAAUACUACCUGCUCUUCCCAAAGCUCACUGAUUCAAUAGACUGCUUGAGACUUUUGGCUUAAAAGGCCGAGCCAGCCAGUUUUACUACAAGGGCUUUCACAGUGUAACAUAUCCUGUUCAGACCAAAUAUAGCAGUGGAUUUUACAAGUUUUCUUGGAGGCUUUUUUGGUCCAAUUUGUGAGAUCGAUAUUGUUCUUAAUGAUGGGGAAACCAGGAAAAUGGCAGAAAUGAAAACUGAAGAUGGCAAAGUAGAAAAACACUAUCUCUUCUAUGACGGAGAAUCUGUUUCAGGAAAGGUAAACCUAGCCUUUAAGCAACCUGGAAAGAGGCUAGAACACCAAGGAAUUAGAAUUGAAUUUGUAGGUCAAAUUGAACUUUUCAAUGACAAGAGUAAUACUCAUGAAUUUGUAAACCUAGUGAAAGAACUAGCCUUACCUGGAGAACUGACUCAGAGCAGAAGUUAUGAUUUUGAAUUUAUGCAAGUUGAAAAGCCAUAUGAAUCUUACAUCGGUGCCAAUGUCCGCUUGAGGUAUUUUCUUAAAGUGACAAUAGUGAGAAGACUGACAGAUUUGGUAAAAGAGUAUGAUCUUAUUGUUCACCAGCUUGCCACCUAUCCUGAUGUUAACAACUCUAUUAAGAUGGAAGUGGGCAUUGAAGAUUGUCUACAUAUAGAAUUUGAAUAUAAUAAAUCAAAGUAUCAUUUAAAGGAUGUGAUUGUUGGAAAAAUUUACUUCUUAUUAGUAAGAAUAAAAAUACAACAUAUGGAGUUACAGCUGAUCAAAAAAGAGAUCACAGGAAUUGGACCCAGUACCACAACAGAAACAGAAACAAUCGCCAAAUAUGAAAUAAUGGAUGGUGCACCAGUAAAAGGUGAAUCAAUUCCAAUAAGGCUAUUUUUAGCAGGAUAUGACCCAACUCCAACAAUGAGAGAUGUGAACAAAAAAUUUUCAGUAAGGUACUUUUUGAAUUUAGUGCUUGUUGAUGAGGAAGACCGGAGGUACUUCAAACAGCAGGAGAUAAUUUUAUGGAGAAAAGCUCCUGAAAAACUGAGGAAACAGAGAACAAACUUUCACCAGCGAUUUGAAUCUCCAGAAUCACAGGCAUCUGCCGAACAGCCUGAAAUGUGAACUGAACAGGAGAAAAAAAGAAAAGCAAAAAACUCCUGUAACCCUUGAGAUUAAGUUCAGCAGGUUAAAGAUGGUUGCAGCUGGAGGGGGCGGAAAAAGGCCAAAACUCCAUAUAUGUUAGUCUUCCUUUAUCUUACAGCGCAGCAUUUAUUUUAUGAUAUAAUGAAAUGUUCGUUCAUGUAUAUACAUUUUUAAAAGUGCUUUCUUUGAAACACUGGAACUUUGUUAAGCUGCCUUUUUUUUUUUUAACUUCCUACUUUGAUGAUAAGCACUCAGAUAUAUAUCAGCAUAAACAUGAAAAAUUUUCAUGUGAGUAGGCUGGUAUUUGUAAUUUUGCUUUCUUUCUGCAUAAUGUUGAUUAUAAAUCCUCUUUUUUCAGGCUAAUGAUUACCUCUUAUUCUCUACAUGCAAAAAAUUAAAUAUUUUGUGUUCAAAUAAAAUUAGAAAACCUGAGUGGCCUCUUGUGUCCUGCAGAGAUUUAAAACAUGGCAUCUCAAUAUUUUUGAGAACUACAUUUGUUUUUAACAUAUGUGUUUGAGAAAAGCAUAUGGAGUGUUUCACCGCAGGCACUUCUGAGUACCAUUCCAUGGCUUCCAGAAUUUUAUCCUCUUUGAGGUCUUCUGUGCUAUGAAUAUUAGAUUUCUUUCCCCAAGGGAUUAUGUGGCAGGUCAUUAUGGCCUUCUUUUUUUUGGCCAUAUUAAGUAACAGUUUUGCUAUAUUCCAGUAGUACCGUUGUGUGUUUUCUGCAAUGUGGAGUUGACUUAGGUUGGCAUUUUAGAUUUGUUAAAACUAUUUUUUCCAUAAAUACUUUGAAACAUAUUUAUAUAUUUCAAUUUAAGGAAUCUUUUUGCCAUGUGUAUGCAAGUAUUAUUUUCUUCAUACAUUCAUUUUCUUUUCAGGGGAAAAUUUUGGGAUGGGGGACUCAGGAGGACCUGUGAAGCAUGUAGUUAUCUAGAUCUGGGUAAUUUCAUGUUUAUUAAACUCAAACUUUGGCUAGUUAAACUCAUAUUGAAACUUCAUCUAGUCUCUUAAUUUUUUAACACUAAAUUCAAGUCAUUUGUUUUAAGUCUCUAAAAAAGAAGAUUGCAGUCAUCCAUUCAUAUGCAUGGGGUCUGAUCGCAAAUACACUAAAUGGAGUGUAGGAACCAAAAUGAAACCUGCUGUAUGGAAACUACUUUCACUUAUGGUUCAUUGGUUUUUGUACCAAUAUUUUUUAUGCACUUCAGUGCAAGUCUUGUCAGUUAACCUUACUUUAUGAGUAAGCUAAAUAACCCAAAUUACAUUUCUUUAAACCUGUUUUACUACUAUGGCACUUUGAUAAAAUGGUCAGGAACCAACUUUACUGGCAAAAGGGUCCAUGUACCAUGUGCUGGAGCAUCUGUUCUACAUGUGGAUAUCUAUGAAUGGUAAUGUUUUCCUUCAUGUAAGUGCCUAUUCAGAGUUUCAAAAUUUUAAAAUGCCAAAUAUUUUCAUGGUCAUUUGCAUGUAGUAAGCUAGAAAAUAUUCAAAGAGAUUUUGAAAACCAAUUGUAUUUAACCAGCCUCAAAUUGUGCAACCAUGAUGUAUAAUAAAGAAUUUGAAACAGAAA